GCUUUGACAGGGGACAUUUGUCCAAUUGGACAUUACUGUCCCAUGGGUUCAACUUCCCCUUUACUCUGUCCUGAUGGGACGAAUUUCAACAGUACAGGUGCAGAAGAGUGUGAUGACUGCCCCUCAGGGACUUACUGUCUCUCAGGAGAAGGCAUCCAGCCCUGUCCAGCAGGACACUACUGUUUUGGUGGCGGUGUCGAGGGCAUCCUGCCCUGCCCUCCUGGCACAUACAGCCCUCAGUUUGGCCUCAGCCAAGUGGAGCAGUGCCUCAUCUGUCCAGCAGGGUUUUACUGUGAGGACUGGGGUCUGUAUGAACCUACUGGACCCUGUCAGGCUGGUUACUACUGCAUAGCAGGUGUGAACUUUCCGAACCCAGAUGGUAACUUCAGCACAGGAGUGGGAGGAACCUGUCCAGAGGGGACCUUCUGUCCUGAGGCCACCAGUCUCCCACUGCCCUGCCCACCAGGUACCUACUCUAACAGUCUUCAUCUGACAGACAAGUCUGGCUGUAAUCCAUGUCCAGCGGGUCUUUUCUGUGGCAAAGCAGGUCUCACUCGUCCAUCUGGACUGUGUCAGGCAGGAUUUUACUGUCCAGGGGGAGACAUGGAAGCUACAGGCUCAGAAGGAGGUCUUUGCCCACAAGCUCAUUACUGCCCUGGGGGCAGUGCAAGCUCGGUGCCAUGCCCAGCUGGAGCCUACACCAUCCUCACAGGCCAGUCAGUGUGUUCCCGCUGCCCUGCUGGCUACUACUGUCCAGAGAAGACUGGAAACUUCUCCAAGUUCCCCUGUCCCCCUGGUUUCUACUGCCCCGAUGGUACAAGGCAUGCCACCCAGUUUCCCUGUCCUCGUGGAUACUACAACCCGGAGCCAAUGACUCAGAGUCUGGACAGCUGCCUGCCUUGUCCUCCAGGACACUACUGUGAGAAGGAGAGGCUGACCAAAGUAUCUGGAAAAUGCAAAGCUGGUUGGUUUUGUGUAUCAGCAGCAUGGAACUCCCAGCCUUUUGACCUGGACAAUUACACAAAUGCCAACUGUCUUUGUCCAGCUACAUCAACUGGGGGGCGCUGCCAGGCGGGCUUUUACUGCCCCUUAGGUAGCUCAGAGCCUGUGCCUUGUCCACCUGGAACAUUCUGUAACGUUUCAGGUUUGGCUCUGCCGAUGGGUCCCUGCUUCCCUGGGUAUUACUGUGUUGGAGGAGCAACUGAAGCCAAACCAACAGAUGGAGAAACAGGCAGCAUCUGUCCACCUGGGGCAUACUGUGUUGAGGGCUCAGGAGAGCCAGAGUUGUGUCAAGCGGGUACUUUCUCCAUAGUGCCUGGUCUAACCAGUGAGGCGAGCUGUCAGCCGUGUACUGCAGGUUUCUACUGCAGACAAGCAGGUCUCAGGGCUCCAACUGGACCCUGCAGCCAAGGCUAUUGGUGCCCGCCUGGUCAGACUGUUGCUACAGCUCUGCCAUGUCCCCCAGGCCACUUCUGUGUGCAAGGAAGUGGCACUCCAGAGCCUUGUCCGCCAGGAACCUACCAGGACAGAGAGAAACAGGCAGCCUGCACCGUUUGUGGCGCAGGUUACUACUGCGAUUUGAGACUAGCCAAUGCCUCUUUUCUGCGGCCUUGCCCCAGAGGACACUACUGCCCCGCAGGUACAGCCCUGCCCAACCAACACCCCUGCCCCAGAGGCUCCUUCAACCCGAGAGUGCACACUGCCAGCCUGACAGCCUGCAUGCCCUGCGCUGCUGGACACUACUGUCCUUCUGUGGGUCUGUCAGAGCCGGCAGGACCCUGCAAUGCUGGUUAUUGGUGCAGAGAGGGGGCAUCCUCUCCAAGCCCACUUGAUGGACGCUCAGGUUCCCUGUGUCCACCUGGUCAAUACUGCCCCUCAGGCACAACAGCUCCUAUGGCCUGCCCUGAAGGCAGCUGGUCAAACAGCUCAGGACUACGUAACCAGGAGGACUGCCAACUGUGUCUCGGGGGAUUUUACUGCGACUCUGCUGGCCUCACUAAACCUAGUGGGCUUUGCAGUGGGGGAUAUUACUGCGUUGAGGGAGCGGUCACAUCUACCCCUACUGAUGGAAUUAAAGGGGGACCUUGUCCUGAGGGUUACUACUGCCCAGAGGGAACUGUUCAACCUUUACCAUGUGAAUCAGGGACAUAUGUUGCUAUUACACAUGCUACUAAGUGUGAGCCAUGUGUGCCAGGCUGGCACUGUGUGUCUGGCGCCCUUUACUUAUGUCCUUCAGGAUUUUACUGCCCUGAAGGAACUGGAUUUGACUUAAGAGGCUGUCCAGAGGGAACUUAUGGCCCUGACCCUGGCUACUGGUCCGUUUCUCAGUGCAGGCAGUGUGACGGCGGCCAUUACUGCUCUUCCAGAAAUGGCACAGCUGUCACCGGACAAUGUCAGGAAGGAUAUUACUGCUCACAUGGAAACACCUCUCCAAAACCCCUCACACAGGCUGCAGAAGAGGGAGGGCCAUGUCCUGCCGGUCAUUACUGCCCCCAAGCCACCAUAAAUCCCCUGCCCUGUCCAAGUGGAACAUUCUCUAAUCUCACCAAAUUAGCCUCCCAGGAGGAUUGCCAGCCAUGUCUCCCUGGUUACUAUUGCGAUGCUGCAGGGCUCUCGGCCCCUUCAGGAGAAUGCUGGGAAGGUUUCUUCUGUCUGGGGGGUGCAAAUCGCCCUGACCCUCCUUUGAGAGACAGCUGGGGAGGACCGUGCCCAAUAGGUUAUUACUGCUCUGAGGGCUCUGUGGCUCCUCAGCAGUGCCCCCUGGGAACCAUCAGCACAGAGGAUGGCAGAGCCAGCUGCAGUGCCUGUCCCCAGGGUUUUUACUGUCCUGGCAAUAAUGGCUCGCUGUCGAGGACUUAUGAGUGUCCAGUGGGUCAUUACUGCCCGUCCGGGACCUGGUCCAAACACCAGUACCCGUGUCCAGCUGGCUCCAUCAACCCCCACACUGGGAUGGCACAACCCCAGGACUGCUUGCCCUGCCCUCCAGGCUCCUUCUGUUUGUCUCCUGGGAAGAGUGUUGCAACCGGUCAAUGUGAAGCAGGUUACUACUGCCUCUCUGGGGCCUGGUCACCCAAACCAGAGGAUGGAGAAACAACAGGGGACAGAUGUCUUGAAGGUCAUUAUUGUCCCCAGGGCUCCUCAGCACCACUGCCCUGUCCCAUAGGACGCUAUAGCAACACAACCAGAAACCGUUAUCUCUCCGACUGUGUGACUUGUCCUCCAGGUUUCCUGUGUGUCACCAGAGGGCUCUCUUUCCCUUCUCAUAUCUGUCAAGCGGGCUAUUACUGCCCUGGAAAAGACAACAGUAGCCAGCAGGCCUCGAUACCCUGCUCACCUGGAAAUAUGUGCCCACCUGGAUCUGGUACACAGGUGCCUUGCUUACCAGGAACCUACCAGGAUUUACCCGGUCAGGAAGAGUGUGUUCAAUGUCCAGCAGGGUUUUACUGUGCUGGGUCAGGGGAUGCUGGCACUGUGCAUGUGUCUGGUACUCACAAUCCCACGCUGUGCCCGAAAGGACACUAUUGCCCACCAGGAUCACAGUCUGGUGUAGCAUUCCCAUGCCCAGCUGGUGCCUUCAGCAGGCAGAUGGGUUUGUCCAAUAAGUCAGGCUGUACGCUCUGCCCUCCAGGGAGAUAUUGCAGUUCCUCUGGACUGGCUGCUCCCACUGGGGUCUGCUCUCCUGGUUACCUCUGUAUCCAUGGGUCUGUUUCUGCCCAGCCGGAGAAGGGCCCAACAGGGGGCCGCUGCUCAACAGGGUCCUAUUGCCCCCAGGGUACCAGCUUUAUGGUUCCCUGCCCUGCAGGCACAUUCAGCUCCAUAGACGGGGCAGUCUCUAUUGAAGUAUGUCAGCCCUGUUUGCCUGGCCAUUACUGCGCUGAGGUUGGCCUCUCCUCCACAUCUGGGCUGUGCAACCCAGGCUUCUACUGCAGGGAGGGUUCGAGAACAGCCACACCUUGGGUUACAGGAGAUACCACACCAACAUACCCACAUUCUGGCAAUUUAAGCAGGGGUCGGUUCCAUGGUGGUGUGUGUCCUUCAGGCCACUACUGUCCUAAAGGGAGUACAAAGCCAAGCCCCUGUCCUCCAGGUACUUUCUUGGGAAGGUCUGCGGCUGAGUCGGAAGCUGACUGUUUAGCUUGUUACCCGGGUUCUUACUGCCCCUCAUGGUCUCAGACAUCUGCCGACCUCCUCUGUCCCCCGGGGUGGUUCUGCCCACCAGGAUCAGUGUCUGGACAUCAGCCAGACCAUCGCUGCCCACCUGGCCAUGCAUGUCCUAUCGGUAGUGCUGAGCCGGAUAUAUGUAGCCCUGGCACUUUUCAAUCUUUAUCUGGACAACACACUUGUAACAGCUGCCCACCAGGAUUCUACUGUAUGGAGGGCUCAGUUGUGCCAUCACUGUGUCCGAUGGGCAGUUUCAGUGCAACAGCUGGCAGGACGUCCCCGGCUGACUGCUCCCCCUGCCCCUCUGGCUCCUUCUGUAACAGCAGUGGCCUGACAGAGCCGUCUGGACCAUGCAGCCCAGGACAUGUUUGUUCCCUGGGGUCCACUGAGCCUUCCCCUGUCUCACAGCCUUAUGGAGAUGUUUGUCCCAUGGGACACAUCUGUCCACAAGGUAGCGGGUUACCAAUACCCUGUCCCGCUGGAAGCUUCCUCCCAGAAGCUGGAGCUUUCUCCCCCACUCAGUGCCGCAGUUGCCCUCCUGGGAAAUACUGCAUCAGUCCUGGAAGCUCACAGCCCACAGGUCUGUGUUUUGCAGGUUUUUUCUGUUCUGGAAAUACAGAGAGCCCCACACCUCGAGCCAACUCUGCUUCGUUGAGCUGUCUCUGUGAAAUACUGGAGGAUUAUACACCAAAGACAGAAGCCGCCCUCUGGAUUCACAAUCUGUCUUGCUUCAAUAGCUCCCGGAACUCUGGAAGCAGAGCUGGCUGGAUUGAAGUGGUAACGCCACCACAGGCAGAUUCAGACAGUAUUGUGAGUCACUCAACGCCAUGUCUCAAGAGUCCACAUUAUGCCUGCUCCACCUACAGAGGAGACAUAUGCCCUAAGGGCUUCUAUUGUCCUUUGGGCUCUGCCUUGCCCCAACCCUGUGAGGCUGGCUCGUACUGUAGCAAGACUGGUCUGGAUGCCCCGACAGGGCCCUGUGCAGCAGGAUAUUACUGCCCCAUAGUCUCUUAUAACCUCCAUGCAUCCCUUUGUCCCCCCGGACACUACUGCCCCCCUGGAACUCCUCUUCCUCUGCCUUGUCCUGUUGGAACCAUACAAAGCUCUAUGGGCAGGUCUACAGUGGAGGCUUGCCAGCAGUGUCCUCAAGGUCAUUACUGCCACCAAAGAGGAAAAACUGUGCCAAGUGGCUGGUGUGCAGAAGGCUACUACUGUCCUGAGGGGCAGAGCGCUGAGAGACCACAGAAAAAUCUUUGCUCAGUGGGACAUUAUUGUGAGAAGGGCAGUGUCAAACAGACUGCUUGCCUUCCAGGCAGCCACCAGCUGAGACAAGGCCAGGGCUCGUGUGAGACAUGCCCUGCUGGUUUCCAUUGUCCAGAUCAAGGAAUGACAAAACCACUGCCAUGUGAGAGAGGAUUUUAUUGUUCCAGUGGAUCAGCAAAUCAACAACCCUGUCCAGCAGGGACCUAUGGAAACAUAUCUGGACUGGUUGAGGAAUGGCAGUGCUCACUGUGUGACCCUGGGGUGUACUGCAAGGGAACAGGGAGGACUUUCCCCAGUGGGCCGUGCACUGCAGGUUUUGUUUGUGUUGGUGGAGCUUCUGAACCUUCACCACUAGACAAUCGAACUGGAUUACCAUGCCCUCCUGGUUUCUUCUGCUCUGUGAGGACUACUGUACCAAAACCAUGCCCAAAAGGAACAUUCAGUAAGCAGAGCGGACUUGUGGAUGAGUCUCAGUGUCGUAGCUGCAGCCCUGGCUUCUACUGUUCAGAGACAGGCCUCUCUGCAGUCUCUGGACCCUGCCUGCCAGGUUUCUACUGUCUCGAGGGGUCCCGUACUGCAACUCCAAUGACAAGUGCAUCUGGAGGUGUUUGUCCAGCAGGCCACUAUUGUGUCGAGGGAAGCAGUGUGCCCUCACCCUGCCCAUCUGGAUCUUACCAAAAUGAGACUGGAGGAAAAGGCAAAGAUUACUGCAAAACAUGCCCGCUUGGCUUGUUCCAGGAUUUAGCUGGUCAGAAAGAAUGUAAUCCCUGUCCUCCUGGGUUCCACUGCCAGUCCCCGAGUCCCAGCGCCACAAGGGGGAGCUCCAGUGGAGUCUCCAGCCCUCUGCCCUGCCCAGCCGGCUACAUCUGCCCCAGGGAGAGUCAGCCUGUCCCCUGCCCAAAAGGCACCUACAGCCCAAGCCAUGGUCUCACUUCCACAGGCCAAUGCCUAGUGUGUCCAGCGGGUCAGUUUUGUGGAUCAGAAGGUUUGGUUCAACCUUCAGGAUCGUGUGCUUCUGGGUUCCUUUGCCUGAUGGGUGCCACAGUGCCCAACCCGACAGACAAUAAAACUGGAUCUCUCUGUCCUCCUGGGAUAUUCUGCCAAACGGGGCUAAGAGCAGGUGAUUGUCGGGCUGGGUUUUAUUGUGACUGGGGCUCUAGCAGAGCAGAUACUGCUGUGUGCCCAGCUGGUUUCUUCUGCCCCAGUCGAACACUAGUCCCUGUGCCUUGUCCUGCUGGGACAUUUAGCUCUGAAAUUGGCAACACACAUCAAAACAACUGCACCCCCUGUACCCCUGGGUAUUACUGUCAAGCUGAAGGUACUGUACAGCCUGCGCUGUGUCCAGUUGGGUACUACUGUCCGCUAGGCCAGACUCUAGGACUGGAGUUCGCGUGCCCACCUGGAACUUUGCAGAGCCAGCUCGGAGCCUCCAACCCGGAUGCCUGCCUGCCCUGCCCCGCUGGAAUGUUCUGCUCUCAACCUGGACUGUCGCAGCCAACAGGAUUCUGUGAGGCAGGGUACUUCUGUCCUGCGGGAUCAACCGGCCCUAAUGCUACUGAGUAUCAGGGGAAUUCUACCAGAACCCACAUCUGUCCUUCUGGCCAUUACUGCCCCACUGGCACUGGCUUUCCGCUCCCCUGCCCGACAGGCUCACUUUCCAUCUUCAGAGGACUGAAGGCAGUUGAUGGAUGCCCACCCUGCCCCCCUGGACUGUUUUGUGACAGGCCUGCAAUAGCAGAGCUCUCAAACGCUCUCCCAUGCAGUGCUGGGUAUGUUUGCCUGGGUGGCAGCUCCAGCCCCAUGCCAUCUGACAGUUCCCAUGGCUACCUCUGCACCGCUGGCCAUAGCUGUCCUGUUGGCUCUGCAAGUGAGGUGCCCUGUGAGCCCGGCACUUACAGUCCUGCCGCUGGAGCUGCCCACUGUAUAAUAUGCCCUAAAGGGACCAUGUGUUCUUCCUCAGCCACUCAUGAGCCCUCAAUCUGCCCAGCGGGUCAUUUUUGUCCUGCGGGGACAGCCCUGCCACAGCCCUGCCCUUUGGGGACUUUCAGCCACCAGACAGGUGUAUUUUCUCUAUCUGUCUGCACACCAUGUCCCUCUGGACUGUACUGUGGUUCAUAUGGAGCCUCAACACCACAAGGUUCUUGUUUGCAGGGUUAUUUUUGCCAAGGUGGAGCCCUGGAGCCAACACCACAGAGCUCUGACAAGUUCCCCAUGAAUGGCCCCUGCCCUGUGGGCCACUACUGUCCAUCAGGGUGCCUCUCCCCAGUUCCAUGCCCUCUUGGCAGUAUUCGCAACACCAUCGGAGGGGUUUCGAUGGAGAGCUGCUCUGCCUGUCCUGCUGGUCACUACUGUUCCACGGAGGGUCUGGCCAACCCCAGUGGCCCCUGUGCAACUGGUUUCUACUGCCCUUUUGACUUCUCCUCUACCACGCCAUAUGCCUCCCUCUGUCCCAAGGGCCACUAUUGUCCAGAGGGCUCUGCCCUGGCCUUGCCUUGUCCCACAGGAGAGUACCAGCCAAACCCAGGAUCAGAUAGCUGCAUCCCAUGCAGACCUGGGUUCUAUUGCGAGGAGGCCAUAGUGGGAGAGCCAUGGCCCUGCCCACCACACUCAUUCUGCCCUGCAGGAACAAUGGUGCCUCAACCGUGCCCUAAUGGGACAUACACUCAUUCAAACCAGGGAGGGCUACAAGAAGAGAGAGAGUGUUUACCCUGCCCUUCAGGAAGGUUCUGCAGGGCUGGGAGGAUCCAGGGUGCGUGUGCCGCUGGCUAUCUUUGUGUUUCUGGGAGUGCAGAUUUCACCCCUCAGGGACCCAUGUCUAAUACGACCCAGUGCCAGUCGGGCAUGCAGUGUGCAGGUCCAUGUCCGGCAGGUUUCUUCUGUCCUGAAGGCACGGAGGAAGCUGGGUUGUGUCCUGCAAAUACUUUCAGGAGCUCCCCUGGAGGUGCCAGCCUACAGGACUGCAUACCCUGCCCUCCUCAGUAUUGGUGUCAACCUGGAGACCCAGUCCUUCAUCCGUGUCCUGCAGGUCAUUACUGUGAUGGCCUGCCUGGCAGUGACUUCAAUGGAGGGACGGGGCCCAGGCUAUGUCCACUGUACACAUAUCGAGCCAACCCCGGUGCAGGUAGCAAGGGGGACUGCCUGCCCUGCCCUCCUGGUUCACACUGUAACAGCACAGGGCUUACAGACUACUCCAACAUUCCCUGCCCACCUGGUUUUUGGUGCAGUGGAUCUGGACCACCCAUCUUCUGCCCCUCAGGCACCAUGAGGGCACUUCCUGGAGCCGCAGCACCCAGCCAGUGUGAACCGUGUGCAGGGGGUACCUUCUGCCCAGACCCUCGGACUACAGGGAAGCCCAAUGUGGAGGGGAUUCCCUGCAGGACCUCUUAUCAAUGUCCCAUGGGUUCAGUCACCGAGAGGCUGUGCAGAGCUGGCUCGUAUUGUGGACCUCAGACUGCUGAGCCUCAAGUUUGUCCUGAAGGGUAUUUGUGUCCUCAAGGAUCUCAUUCCUACCACAACCCAAAACAACUCUGUCCAUUUCCCUACUACUGCCCAGCCAACAGCUCUUCCAUGAAAUCCUGUGAUGGCGGUUUCAUGCCUUUCAACACCAGCGGGCUCAGAGGAUCCAAAAACAGCUGCUGCUCUGUGUGUGACGGGGGCACGUAUCGUCAGUACCUCUCCCCCAUCCAACAAUGCCUUCCAUGUCCUGCAGGAUACUUUUGUCCCUCUGGUACAGACAACUACAAGAGUAACCCUUGUCCUCUUGGGUAUGUCUGUCCCACUGGAUCCACACAACCAAUACCCUGCCCUGCUGGCUCCUUUGGCAACCUCCCUCUUGCUAAAACAAAGGGUAACUGCCACCCAUGUCCUGCUGGCACCUUCAUCCACCUGCCUGCUCAGAAGGCCUGCUUUCCCUGCGGCAGCUCCUCCACCUCACCUGCAGGUUCUUCUUCUUGUACCUGUAUUGGUAAGAAUCGUGCAUUCCAGCACUCGGAUGGUUCAUGUUUGUGCAGAACUGGUUUUAUCUUCUACAAUGAACUGGAUUUCAAAAGCUCUACCGCUGACAGUGAGUUGGACUGCCAGCCUGAGGCAAACAAACGUUGUGCCACAGGUGAGGUACGUCUGGCAGACUCCAGAGAGUGUGUGUCACCUUCCCUCCACUCGUGUAAUAUCACCUGUGGACAACAUGGAGGAAAUCUGGAUGUGGAGAUGGGCAUCUGCCAGUGUCAGCGAUAUGUUUCAGCUGAAGAGCUUUGCAACACUUCCUGCCUUUCCAGACUACCUCAGCUCACUGCCCAGUUCUCUCCAGAUGGACACCUGCUGCUCAGCCUCCAAGAAAGAGACAAAAUGGUCUGGGCCAGGACUGUAAUGAAUGUUUUAGGACCAGAUAUCCACGCAAAGAAUAUUGGUAAAAUCCAUUUGGUCCAGUUUGACCCUGAAGGGGUGUUUGGUUGGAUUCCUACACAAAGAGAGCUCAUCAAUCAGUUUCUGUCAGAACCAAUAGAAGUCCUAAGUACCAGAACCAGACAGAGGAGAGACACAGAAGAUGAUUAUGAGGCUGUCGACUUAGUCGUCCUUCCUCGUAUCCCCAACCCCAUCGCCUGCCUGUCCUCUGGUGACAUGCUCAUUUUCCACCUCACCAUCAACCACACUGACCGCCAUCACAGCCACUUUCCAGUGUAUCAGAAAGACCACUUAUUUAACAGUAACCCCAGCUGGGACUUUGGUGCCUUCAGACGUCUACAGAUUCUCAUGAAGCAGACAAACUUCAAGUCUACAAGGUUUGCUCAUGUGUUUUUGGACACAGGGAAGUAUGUGUUUGUUGACAGUGCUGUGCCAGAGUGGAGUUUGGUGGUAGUGGUCAGUGAGGAGGGGACAGAGUGUGACCCUCGGGCCUCCGUCUUUCAGCCUAUGAGCCCGGCACAGCUGGUCAGGUACGGGAUUGUCAAACAACACAGACUCAACCUUCUACCUGACUGGGGAGUGAUCACAGGGAUCCUGAGUCUGCUGCUGGUUUUAGUUGUGGUUUUGACCACUACAGUUCUAGUUCUGCGACCCGGGAAAGCAAAACUUGUCUCCCAAUGGAGGGCUAAGCCAAAGUGGCGCAGCCUUGGGGAACCCUUUUGUCCCGUGGAUUGUGUUUGCAGUGGAGACAGCAUAGUAGUCCCAAGCCAAGGUGGCUACUUAGGUAGUAGGGGUGUAGGAGAGGGAGCAGAGGCUGAGGAGCCUGCUGUUUCAAAAGGAGGAAGUGUGUCAGGGUUCUUUGAUUUGGAGGAGUUAAAUGUGAAGACUCUGUACGAUAAACUAGAGGAUCAGAACCUGCACAUAGCAUCACAGCUGGCCCGGCACCGCAAAGACACACAGGAAUUUUAUAGAAACAUUUGUCAACAGACUGAAACACUCACGAAUGUCUUUGACAAUAUGGACCAUAAAAAACUGAAUAUUCUUAAGGAGCUUAUAGUCCACAAUGCAAUGAGGGAUAAACCAUCUCACAGCAGUGCAGGAGAGAGCGAUACACAAGCUGAAGCGUCUGUGGCGUUACUGGGAGCUGUUCUCAGGUCAGUGGAAGCCCUCUUAUGCAGGCUGACAGGAGAAUCUUGGCAGAACCAGGAUUUGCCUGCUCCUCCAUACUGUCACACUGGUCCUCAUGAUGCCAGGGAGUGUGAGCCGCAAGCUGGAUACACACAGCCUGGUGACCCCAACAUGAGUUAUACACAGUUUUCGUCAAUGAAUAUGACCAAAGCAGAGCCAGUCCAUCUGCAGAGCACAGCUCCUUGUCUAAGUGACCACGACCUGUCCAAACUUGUCAGCAUAUCUCCUCUAUUCAAGACCCUGCAGGAGAUACAACAGUCUUUACAGAAUCUUACAACAGCUGGCUCGAGUCAGCAUCUUCACAAUGCCUCUACAGAGCAUUGUGUCCUUGAUGCCCAGAACAUGGAAGGUCAACUAGUCCCGACUGCCCUGGACAACCUCUCACCUCAGCACUCAGCCGUGUUCCUGUUUGGUUGCCAGCUGAUGCAGUUGCUUGCAGACUGCCCCCUGUUUCCCUCCGUGCUUCUGCUACUGGCCAAGUCAAUCCCUGUUUCCUCAUCUUUGUCUAAUGUGACUUUGUUGGCACAUUGUUCAGGGGACUUUUAUUUUGAUGCAACCAAUCAAAUCCUUUAUCUGUCAGAGGCAAAGCUUCAGCAUGUGGGACAUUUCAUCGCUACUAUUCUGCAGUCUAUGGCCUACAUAGCAUCAGGAUCCAAACCACAGGGUUUUAUGAAAGCUCUCCAUGAGGCCAUUUCAGCUUUAAGCCUUCAGCUGUUCAACAUUUCUUUCAAAUGGAACACAGCAGAAUCGGAAUUUGAUGCUGCAGAGGGUCGGCACGGUGCAUUUGUUGAGGAAUUUCUUAACAUAAGAGUUCCCACUGAAGGGCUUUUCACAGAGCAUCUACUGGCUAGCAGACUUCAAAAAUAUCAAUAUUUCAAGUUAGAGCAGCUUGUCACAAACCUGAAACGGAGUUCAUCUGAGAACACUGACACAGGUUUACCACCAAAAGGAACACCAAUGCAGAUGUCCUGCAUAGAGGAAGAAAUUGACCGUAUGACUGAGUCUUUCUUGCAGCUGAGCGUGCAGCUGCAGAAGAGAGCUCAAAUUAGCUCAUGGCAGAAGGAGAGAGAGGACAGUGCUGGCAACUAUUCUGUGAGGGCAACACCAAACAGCCUGCCAAGCCUGAGUCGUAGUGGAACAAUCCUGCUGGAACUGAAGAGACGCUAUGUAUCACAACGCCUCAAUGAGCUCCAAAUCACAUUAGACCAGAUCAGACAAAGCCAGCAGCAUUUCAGCAAGUCAAAAGACGUGACAAGAAGCAGCACAGAAACAGACAGCAUCACCACUCAGCAGGGGCAGGGGGAUCUGUACCCUGGCAUAGAUGGAUGCAGUCGUGCUGGCGGCCAACGGAAGAACGAGAGUCACAGCCAACAAAAACAAAAGAGCAGAGGUCUGGGUGACUCUAAACUGGAGAGUCAUAUUUCUGACCAGCAGACCAACAACUCUGUCCAAAGUAACAACCCUGAUACAUUACUGGAGUGCCAGAUGCUGGAGAGUCCAGAUCAUCUUAAUGUGCCGGGAAAGCAUGAGUUAAACAGUCGGAUCACGCAAGACAACACAACAGGACAAACAGAUAUUGAUGUCAUGUGGGAGCUUAAUGAUCAGAAACUGGAUCUGAAUGUAAAUCAAUGCUGAGAAAUGUGUUGCUCUCCUUUUUUGUGCCUUUUGUUGUUCUUUAAAUAGCUUUACUAUCUAUGUACAGUGCAAUAUUCUGUCUUGUUUAUUAAAGGAGUUAAAGGAGCCAGGUGACCUCCAUCUGAGUUUGCACCAGCUUUAAAAACUAUUCAGUUGUGUUCUUUUUAAUUAUCUGUGAUCUGGAACAGAAAUAAUUUCUGGCAACAAGCGCUGUGACACAAUCUGUCAUCUUGUCCAAAUAGUUUCUCAGGCAGGAUUUAAUACCGGCUCUUCAGACAGGCUCUGUUCAUUACCAUAUUCUAAUUAAGACAAUAAACUUCAGCUGUAUAAAUACAAGGUGA